AUGUCUUAUGGAAAUGAUUUGGCAGAGUCAUUACAUUCCAUUCGAUUCGAUGUGUCUAUUCAGUACGCAUCUGGUAAUAGCUCCAGUUUUCGAAAUAAUCAAGUUCCUGAAUUAUAUCUGUAUCCUGGACAAUUAGUUUCUAGUAUUGAAAUAACGGUAUGGAAUAACGUAUCUGAGAGAGUGAAAUUCUUGGAAAAUCCGAUAAGCUAUCAAUUGGACGAAUCUAAAAAUGCAUUGCUCAAUUAUGACAAGAACCCCAAUAAUUCUCUGGCACUCUCAUCAUUGACCGUUGCCAUUUUCACACCAAAUGUUCGACAAGUAUUUCCAUCGAUUUAUCUUGACACCAAUACAAGGAUUGAUACAAUUGUUCACAUUGAACCAUGUCCUCAAGGAAAAAGUCUUGUCAAACAAGACGUGUUAGAUGAUGCAUGGAUUUGUGUGGAUGAGCCGUAUAUACCCUAUGAAACCAUCAUUGCUGUAGCCUCAAUUACCUCCAUUCUAUUAUUCUCAUUAUUUCUUCUUGCUCUGUAUGCAUUGUUUCGUUUAAUUAGAAACAUCAUUUCCAAACUGAAACGAUUGGAGAAGAAGGAGAAAGCUGAAAAGCUCAUGAGUCAAAACUUUUGGAAAAACGACAAUUCCAUAACACCUUAUCACUCACUUGGUGAAAAAUCACCAUUAGUUGUGAAUCAUCACGACGGUGACAAGCAGGAUUCAUCCCAAUCGAACAAUGGAAGUUCCUCAAAAAAAAGCGUCUCCUCUCACACCUCUCACCAUGCACGAGAAUAUUCACAAUGGAUCAUUUCCAUUGACGAAAUCGAAAUUAUGAAACGAAUUGCAGACGGUGCAAAUGGUACCGUGUAUUUGGCAAGUUGGAACGGAACUAAGGUUGCAUUGAAAACUCUCAAACAUAGUGAUGAACCUCUCGACGCUUCUAGUGAAGAUGAAGAAUUCGAACGAGAAGCAUCUCUAUUGGAAGCAUUCGACAUCCGAAUAUUGUACAAUUUUUUGGAGUGA